AUGGGAGGAGCGCAGCGAAACUCCUCUCUGUAUAAGAAGUGUUGAACGUUCAACAAGGGAUUUUACACAGCUACUCAGGAGAAACGAAAUGAUCUGCCCUGGAGCCGCAGCAAAAUGCUGGAUGGACACCUACUCCUGGGAUGGUUAUCGUUCACAGUUAUAGUAUAUCUUCUCAACUUGCCUGGACCAACCGCAGCAUAUUUCGGGUUGACAGGUAAUGAACCGUUGUCUAUCCUGCCACUGAACUCUCUACCAGAGGAGAACGUGGGCAGGGCCCACUACAAGCUGUGCGACCGGCUCAAACUGGAAAAGAAGCAGCGCAGGAUGUGUAGACGAGACCCGGGCGUGGCGGAGACCCUUAGAGAGGCCAUCACCAUGAGCGCCCUAGAAUGCCAGUAUCAAUUCCGCUUUGAGAGGUGGAACUGCACCUUAGAGGGGCGCCACCGAGCCAACAUACUAAAGAGAGGAUUUAAAGAGACAGCCUUCUUGUAUGCCAUCUCCUCGGCGGGCCUGACCCAUGCCAUGGCCAAAGCUUGCAGCGCAGGACGCAUGGAGCGCUGCACGUGUGACGAAGCCCCGGACCUGGAGAACCGCAAGGCGUGGCAGUGGGGAGGUUGCGGUGACAACCUCAAAUACGCCAACAAGUUUGUCAAGGACUUCCUGGGCAAACGCUCCAACAAAGACCUGCGCGCACGCGUGGACAUGCACAACACAAAUGUGGGCAUGAAGGUAAUCAAGGCCGGAGUGGAGACCACAUGCAAAUGCCAUGGCGUCUCUGGCUCCUGCACCGUCCAGACCUGCUGGAGGCAGCUCCAGCCCUUCCAUGAGAUCGGCAAGCAGCUGAAGCAACGCUACGAGACCUCUAUCAAGGUUGGCAGCUCCACCAAUGAGGCCACGGGGGAGGGAGAGAUCUCCACAGGUCGGAGUCAGCAGCAGCAGCCCCUGCCCGGCCUGAACGAUCAGAUACCUCGCACUAUGGACUUGCUCCACAUCGAGGACUCGCCCAGUUUCUGUAGACCCAGCAAGUACUCGUCAGGCACGGCAGCCCGCAAGUGCUACAAGGACAAGAACUGUGACGCUAUCUGCUGUGGGCGAGGCCAUAACACUCAAAGUAGGGAGGUGACCCGGCCCUGCCAGUGCCAGGUGCGCUGGUGCUGCUACGUCGAAUGCAAGCAGUGCACACAGAGAGAAGAGGUGUAUACCUGCAAAGGGUAAACCAGCCACCUGUAAGCCCCUAUGAUCAGUGGAGCAAGUGAAAGAUGGUUGUGUUGAAGAGGAGUGGUUGUGUUCUCAAACAAGGUUUUGCCUCCACUGUCGGAACAGUGUUCUGCAAACAAAAGAGGAGCAUGCCGAUGGAGAAGCAAUAAGCACUUUGAGGGAUUUCUGUGGUUUGGUUUUCAGAGCUCCUGUGGCCCUCCUGUGUCUGGGGGAUGAAAGAUGAAAAAAAGACCUUCUCAGACAACUGGGUCAACAUCUCAAGCUUUUUUAUCAUGGUUUUGCCUUGAACAGAGAAGCUUUUAUUUUCCUAUAAAAAAAUCCCAUUGCAUCUUUUCACAAAAAAACAGAGAUUAGCAUCCAGUUAAUGAGGAUGCGACACAAGGACAGUAACAGACUGGUUUCUGGGGCCUUGCCCAAAGAAGAAUGGUGUGUAUGUGUGUGCGUUUGUCAAUCUUUACGUGUGUGUUUAUAUGUGAAAUGUGAUAGAUAGUGAGGGGGCAGGGAGUUCGAAUGACGACUUUUAUGGCAAUGAAAACCAUAUUCAGAGACUGCUAAAAAGAAAAAAAAAAAAAAGACAGGGUGUAAGAUUUACUCUACA